AUAACAUCUUUGACUGUCGAUAUCUUCCCCGUGGUAGCCGUUUCUUGCGUGUCCAGUCGUCCUCUUUCUAGAUUCCUCCUCGCUUCUUCUUCCCUUCCUCUUCCUCCCUCGUCUUCCCCAUCUAUACCUACCUAAUAUCUAAUCUACCUAAUACUAUACACACCCCCACCGUAACAAUGAGCUUCACCAUCUCCCGAUCCCUCCCCACUGCGCUGCGCGCAUGCCGUCCCACCGCCGCCAUCCGGCCCAUCACACGAGCAGCAGCGGCCUUCUCCACAACACACAGCGCCAGCUCCCCUCCCCCCGGCGCCCAUCACAUCCAAACCCGCAUGCCCUCCAUGCGGCAGGAGCCCAAGAUCAAGAACAACCACCGGUUCCAGGAAUUCGACCUCGACGGCCGUGUCUACGCCAUCACGGGUGGUGGCCGCGGACUCGGUCUGUCGAUGGCUGAGGCCCUGCUGGAGGCGGGUGCCACAGUCCACUGCCUAGACCGUCUCGACCAACCCCACCCCGACUUCGCCGUCGCCAAAGAGCACGCCGAGCGCGAAUACGGCGGCCACCUCGAAUACCACCAGAUCGACGUGCGCAACGACACAGAAGUGAACUCGCUCUUCGGCGACAUCGCCGGCCGCCACCAGCGGCUGGACGGCCUCAUCGCCGCCGCAGGCAUCAACCACCUGCAGAGCUCGCUCGAGUACAGCCAAGUCGCCCUCAAAGAAGUCAUGGAGAUCAACUACAACGGCGUCUUCAACUCCGCGACCGCCGCCGCGCGCCAGAUGUUCAAUUACCAGCAGAAGGGCUCCAUCCUGCUGGUUGCCAGCAUGAGCGGCCUGAUCGCCAACAAGGGCAUGACGUCGCCGGUUUAUAACUCGUCCAAGGCGGCUGUUAUCCAGCUGUCGAGGUCGCUGGCGAUGGAGUGGGGUCGGCAUGGGAUUCGUGUGAAUUCGCUUUGCCCCGGUCAUAUUAUUACGCCGAUGGUGGAGGGCGUGUUUCAGCAGAAUCCGGCUGCCAGGGCUGUGUGGGAGGCGGAGAAUAUGUUGGGGAGACUGGCGUACCCUGAGGAGUUCCGGGGUACGGCGCUGUUUGCGCUUAGUGAUGCGAGCAGCUUUAUGACUGGGAGUACGCUGGUUAUUGAUGGGGGGCAUACCGCUUGGUAGGUUGUUUAUACUGCCUGCGGAAAAGAAAAAGAGGAAAAAAAGAAAAAGAAUAGAAAGAGAUAGAAUGGCACUGGCGAGAAAGAAAGACAAAACGACGGCGCAUUACGGAGUUUUUAGGGCUACGGGGUUGUUAAGUUAUCCAGGAUGAUGUUGCUGCUUGAUUUAUUACCUCCUACCUCGACCUACCGAUACUCUCCUGUGUUCUCUCUCCAUACAUACAUAAAAGACACAGAUACAUACCUACAUACCUAUACAUACAUAUCCAUGUUUCCCUUUCUUUAUUUCCUAUUUCUUCGUCUAGCAUUUGGGUUUGACUGCUCCUGUUUUUCUUUUGUUUUGCUUUCUUUAUCAGUCACGAGUUUGGGGUCGAAUUUGAUAUUUUACUUGAGAUACUCAGUCUAAUGGAAUGUCAUGAAUGGUAU